AUGUUGCUGGUGCUCUGGAAGUUGGAAGUUUGCACGACGAGGGGCUGUACUCGAACGGCCGCGCUUUUGAUCAACUCCAUCUCCAAGACGACAGACCCGUGCGACGACUUCUACGAGCACGCCUGUGGACGGUGGAUCAGAGAGCACCCAAUCCCGCCCGAUUUGGACCACUACGAUCGGUACAUCGAGCUGGACGACGCGCUGAAGCAUCAAUACAUGACGUUGGACGUCGGCACCAUGUGGAACAAUUGGCUGCAUAUUCAGGAGGAGAUACAAAAGUGUUUCGCCAACCCAACGACUGUCACGAUUCAAGCGGAAGGACUCAAAAGAUGGGAGCGCCACUUUGAUUUUGCUGCUUAUUUCGCGGCGAUCGGUGUGCAAAUCGGGCCAAACACGACGAUUUCGGUGGCGCAGGAGGCGUUUGAUAAGUUUGCCCAACUGCUCGAUGACGGCGCAAAAUCUGAAUUUGCCGGUGAGGCGCUGGUCUACAUGAUUUUCCUGGAGAACCAGCACGGAAUGAGGCGGAGGUAUGUGACGGAAGACACGAUCCGAGAAUGCCACCAGUUCGUCACUGAGGAGGCGAUGCCCCUGUGGACCGUCAGCUUCUACCGACGUCACAUCCUUCAGAACCCGGAUUUCGACAACGAGAAGGCUAUCGUCGAAAACAUGCGCGCCGCCUUCAAGGAGACGCUCAACGAGGACGACUGGCUCGAGCCGGCCACCAAGGAGAAAAUUUUGAGCAUGCUCGAAAAACUCGACCUCUACCUCGGCGCCUUCUACGAGGCCUACAGCGAGGAGAAGCUGAUGGCGCACUACAACAAGCGCCUCCCGAUGGACGCGACCAACUUCUUCGACUGGAAGAGCAGGUUCUACCAGGACGUGGCCGGCAAGGAGUUGUUGUCCGACUCCCGCUACAAACUACAGCUAGACGUCGACGCGUACAGCCGGAAGCUGUAUGCAUGGAUCCCACUCGGCUACCUCGGGUUCCACAGCGACGACUACGCGCUCGAGUACCAGUAUGCGCAGCUCGGAUUUACGAUUGGGCACGAGAUGACGCACACGUUUGAUACGAAUAUCGAAUGGAAAGGCAACGGGACCGUGUUUGCCGGCAACGACCGCGCUGAGUUCGAUGAGAAGACGCACUGCAUCGUCGAGCAGUUCAAGAAUAUCACCCACGCCGACGAGUCAGGAGAGACAGUUACGGAAGCAGGCGAGACCUCGAUCCCGGAGACGAUGUCGGACAACAUGGCCGUCAGGACGUCGUUUAGGGCCUUCCGAAAGGAGCUAAACCGUCGCUACGGCCGAGAGGGCGACGCCUUCCGCCUCCCCGGCCUCGAGCAGUACACCACCGACCAGCUGUUCUUCCUGUCGUUGGCUAAUACUUUUUGCGGCUCCUACACCCCGGCCGGACUUGCUGAAGCCGCUCAGCAAAUCCACCCGCCGCACAAGAGCCGCAUCAGCACGGCGAUGAAAAACUCGGCGGAGUUUGCCAACGCGUUCAAGUGCAAGAAAAACGCACCGAUGAACCCGGAGAAGAAGUGCCGCGUGUGGCGCUACAAGAAGCAC